AUGGAGACUAGCGCAGGGAAAGAAGAUGUCUCACAAGAGUUUUUCAAGCUAUGUGAAGGCUUGUCGGUUGGUGAAAUGGUGACAACUCCCAAAUUCACACUCCUCGAAGUCAUGUCAGCGAUUGAGCUUAUGGAACCAAAGAUGGAUGUCGGAGUUGGAGCGUCACAUCUCAAAACUCUGGAUGACGCUAUUGCAGAUGGACUCUACGGAGAUGAUAUGCCAAUGCAGCUCGCUGUGAUGGAUGCCACACUUGCAAUGGUUGUGGCGUGGCUAGAAGGCUCUUCACUGGGUACCACAGUAUGGACUAAUGUGAUGUUAGCGAAUGUCGCCAAGAUUACACAUCCCCUCUUUCAUCCCUUUGCGGCUGGCAUCAAUCUUCUGGUUCGCAACAUUUACUCACUAGUCAAUAAUGUUGGCAAUCUCGAAGAGCUGCCUGAAGACUUCAAUCCACAAAACCUCUUCAACAACCAAACAUGGAUGCAUCGACGAGACAUCAUUAUAAUGAUGAGAGAACAAAUGCAUGCACUGGAGAGGCAGGGUGCCAGUUGGAGCAAAGAAACCGGCAGUAGACGUGCAGUGGAAAUUUGUACUGCAUGCAGUGCUCGUCUUGAAUUCGUCACCCUGAUGUUGGAUAUCAUGUCGUAUUUGAUGCCUCCAGAGAUUGAAAAUCCCCAUUUUGAUCAUAAAAUCUAUGUGGGAGGUCAUGAACCAAUGUCAGAGAAAGAUUAUGAAGAUCUUGAAAAACUGAGAUUGGAGGAUGCCGAAGAACAGAGAGAAGAACCAAAAGAGGAUACUGUAGAAGAUACGUCACCAGGCAAGAAAGAGCAUAAGAAGAAUGGGAAGAAGCAGAAGAGAAAGAAGAAUAAGAAGCAUGCGAAGCAAGCGAAGAAGGAGUCUCCAAAAACCUCCCCCACUAAACCUGAAGAAGAGAAACCAAACAGCAGCUCCGCGAAUCCUGCCGAAUCAGAAGACGUCGACGAUGAAGAGGAAUACAUGGAGGACGAGGAUGAUUGCUCCUCCUGUGACGAUCCAGCUCAGUUCACACCAAACUUCCAAUUCGCUGCAGUUUUAUCUGAUCGGUUGAUCCAAAUUUCGCAUCUGAUCAAGAAUACAGUAAUCCUUGGAAGACGUGGACCUGAUAAUGAAGAUGGCGACUAUAAAUGGUUGAUGCCAUUCGACUCGAAAGCCUGCGUUCGAAUGAUUCCUGCAUGCUUCCCACGUAGUGUAAAAUAUCCAACACGUAUGGAAGCAGCCGUCUGGUGGACUGAAUGUGCUCAGCGAAUCUAUGACCUUAGUCGUCUGCCACCAAAGUCAACGAAAGACAUCAAUAUGCUUUUCUUCUUCGCCCAGCAGUUCACAGUCAAAUCUUGUGUCUUCACCAGAUCGUUGCUCCAGGUCAUCAUGUUCCCAACCGAUGCCCAUUUGAUGGGAGGGAAUACUACUUGCGCUGAGCCCAUCGAAGAUUCAUUGAAAAACAAUUUCAUGCCGCAGGUUUUGGAUAAAGACUCGCCGGUCCACGAUGAUCCAUUAGCACGACAACUCUACUUGAACUUUUUGAACCAAAUGUCAAAGCUUGCCGUUAAUGUAUACAGUAGCUUCGGUUGCAAUCUGUCCCGACAAAGAGACCGAUUGGAAAUGGCGCUUGAGGAAUUGGCGCAUAUUCAGUUCUACGCAGGACAGGUUGAGAAGCGAACGGAUGAGGUGAUGAUUGCUGCGAAGAUGAUAGAUUGUAAAGAACAGAACUCGUCCUUCCACUCAAUCGCCUCCUUUGUCUUCCAUAACCUGGUUGGAAUCAUCCAUUACUACUUCGAGCUAGGAUUCCGGAUGGAUCUAUUUGUCCCUUACGAGUUCCCCUACAUCUUCUGGUUUCUGGGAGAAAUUGACGCCAAGUGGAUGAUGACAACUAUGGAGCGAUCGCAAGAGAUUCAGUUGAAUUACUGGAAAGGAAGUUCGCUGUCGACGACGUUGAAUCAACGGCGACAGAAGGAGAAGCAAGCAAGGGAGGCGGAUCUGAAGCGCCGAUUCGUUGUUCACCAGUUCAAUGUGUUGAAUCAAUACGCUAUUUCACUGAUAUGCGAGGGAAUUGUCAAGUUGUCAGUGAUUCUGAUUCGCAAAGGAAUCGUUAGGGUGCCCGAUGGUGGAGAUGAAGCUGAACGUCUUCGAUUCGAGCGUCGUUUCGAGCCACUUCAAAAUCUAGGACCACCAUUGAAUGUUAAUUAUGAGCAAUUCAAAGCCAAGACCAGAAUCGAUGAGCUCUACCAAGUGGAGAUGAACGAUCUGAUUGACGCCGCCGCGGAGAAUUUCAACCAGGCAAAGGCGAACCUGGAGCAACUGGACAACACCGUAGAGCAGAAUCGUACCAACUUGUUCGUAGACACAAUGUGGUCCAUGAAACGUCUUCUUAAUUCCAGCGAGCUGCUUCAAAUAACUAAAUCCAAUAUGGUCGCUUGUCGGCUGCUGAAAAUGAUGAACUUGGAAGGACGCAAAGUCGAAUGGACCUAUCCAGAACAGCUUCCAAUGUAUCCGUACCUAUCAAUUAAGUAG